ACGCGUGAGCUUUGUCAAUGAAAACAACUUGAGAAAGAAAAAACUAGAUUUAUGCACACCAAUUAUUAAUUUUUCGUUUAGUGAAGUGAAGAACAUGUCUUGAUAAAAACAAAACAUCAAAUACAAAAAUUAAACAAAGUGUCUUCCAGUGUGUGUGUGAGAGAGUGUUGUUAACUAAAAUAAAAUGUGAACUAAAUGCAAAACUUGGCAAAGAGUGACUAGGAAAAACAAACAGCAAACAGAGCAACACAAUUUACGUGGCACAGUUAAUUUUCGCCAAAAAAGAUGCCAAUUGAUUUUGAUUUUUGCAAAUUAUAACGAGACAUUUAUAUGAUUUGAUAGCCGGGGCAGGAAUUUGCAAAUUCACAGACACACACGAGCCUCUGGCAAGGUCAUAUUGAUUGUCAUCUGUCGCCAACCCCAUCUCAACAGCAUCCCCUCUAAGAAGAAGAAAAAAAGACCCUCCACAAAAGGCAACAUGCCAAGAUUGCACAUGCCAAGGCGGUGCUUGCACCAGAUGCUAAUAAUAUAUGGACUAAUAUUUGUUUCCAGUGCAACGACACUUGACCAGAUGCCGCUGCUGCCGGAUCAAUGUGACUCAGUCAAGUGUCCGCCGGACGCGGAAAUGCACUGUCCGGCGGAUAGUGCGGUGCGUGAGAAUCUGAUUGCGGUGGAGCUGAUUAAGUCAAAUGCGGUGGAGCUACCCAAUGAUUCGCUUGUGGCCGAUGACAGGGACAAGGACAAGGACACAGCGGUGGAGUUGCCGGUGUCCUCGUACUACAAUAGCACGAUCUCUGAGAGUGACUAUCAAAAGUGCUGCCUGCCCCGGAAGUGUGUGUGCAAAACGUGCUACAUUCCCGACUGCAACGAGGAUGAGGUGGUGGCGGAACUGGUGCCGGAGAACAUGCAGUUACCGGGUCAGUGCUGUGGCACCUACGAGUGUCGCGCUGAACCCAAUUGCACGAAGGUCCUGGACACGGAAUUCAUGUGGCUGAAGGACUGCCAACGGUGCAAGUGCAACUCCGGUUUUCUAUUUUGCCACCAGAGCUGUGACGAGCAGGCGGGUGGCGGCGUGUGCGAGUCCAAGAUACCGGGGAUAUUCUACAAGGAUGGCGACACCUGGACCGAUGGUUGCCAGGAGUGUGAGUGCGUCAAGGGUGAGUCCAAGUGUGCCAUGUCCUUUUGCGGCAACCUCAACUGCCCCAGCGAGCGGCAGGUUACGCUUAAGGACACCUGCUGUCCUGUUUGCUGGCCCAGUUGUGCCCCCAUGCCGCACGACAGUGGCUACAGGGAUUACACGGAAGAGGAGUCCCAGGAGCUGGAUCAGGACCAGGAGCAAGACUCACUGCCGCCACUGCUGGGUGAACCACAGACCAUCACCACUACAACUACCAGCACCACCCCCACCACUCAGACUUCUGCGGAGCAAAAAGCAGAUUUGAUAGCCAUAAGUAGCCCCAUCUCCAGCAGCAGCACCUCAACCAGCACAACCACUGCCCCGCCGGGACCCAUCACCAUCUGCCAGAGUGCCUUCGACCAGACCUACAACUACUUCUACGGCCUGUUGACCUACUCAGUGGUGGCUACCAUUAUCAUCUCCGUUCUGAGCGGUUAUAUCUACAUGCAGCGCGCCAAGAAACGUUCCUACGAUCCGGUCUCUAGUCUGGACCACAGCAUCUAAGCAAAGGAGAGAUCUUUCGAAAUACUAUUGCAACUACUAAAUGUAAUCAAACGUUAAUUAGCCUCUAAGUAUUCCCGCUUUAUAUUUGGUUCAGACUUUAUGUUUUCGCUUUUUGUGUGUGGCCAGGCGUGCAAUUGAUGCACUCAUGCCACUGGUCUGGUCACACCGAAUGAAUCGGCUUAGAAUCGCUUAGAUAGGAAUACCAAAUAUCCAACACAAGUCUUUCUAAUGCCUUUUGCCUUUUUGAUUGUUUGGUAUUGAUCUCAUUUUAACUUUUCACUUUUUUCACUUUUUCACUUUGCAACCCAAAAGAGAGAACUAGAAAAGCACAAGAAAAUUUGGGGGGGAAAAUAAGAAAAGAAACGAAACGAAAAAGAUAAGCAACGAACUUCCGCAGCAACAAAAUCAAAGUAUUCUUAUGAAAUUACGCAAAACAACAAAAUAUUUAAUUACAAAACGAAACAAGAGUUACUAUUACUAAACGCAAAUCGAUGUAUGUAUAUGUAUAUACUUAAUGCUUUCCCCUGCCUUCCAUGGGAAGUCCAUUAUAUAUAUUUUUUGUAAACUUAAACCUCGAUGUAAGAGAACUAUAAUACCAAAUCAAAAUACUUAAAAGCGAGAGAGAUGUAUCCACUCGCUUGCAGACACACACGCACGUUCGUCGCUUUAGUUUUUAGUUGUUAGCUCUUAAUUUAGGAAGUAUGUGAUAUAUAUGCUAAUUAGCCUAUGUAAUUUGUCGACACCAAGGCACGCUGCUGUUUCGAAGAAGGACAAACAGUAUUUGCAACACAAGACCCCGAAUUGGAAUCGAAGAAGGAGGUUCUAUACUUUAGCUAAAUGUCAUAAAGUUGCCACAUAAAUGUAUACUAUAAAGAACUUUAUUUAAAUUUAUGUUUAAUAAUAAACCAAAAUUGGUAUGCAAAGCGAGGAAACCAAUUAAAU